UCUGAGGAAUCGAUUCUUCGAUGAAUCGAUUUCAGAUCGCCAUGUCUUAUCUGUCUAAUGUGUGUAAUCAUCUGGAAAAACAAAAUAUUAACAUAACAAAUUGGUGAAUUAUUGAAAGCAAAACGAAAAGAAUUACGAGCCCCUGUAAUUCUUGAAAAACAAUACAUUUAAUUUUAGUAAAACCUUAAAAUGGGGGAAGAAGAUGAAUAUGCUUGCGUUAACAGAGCGCAAUUACGAAUCAAGGAUACUUCUGGAAUAAAAAAGAAAAAGAAGAAGAAAGCUAACAAAGAAACCGAGAAAGCAAUAGAAAACGAAGUUAAACAACAAAUAAAACAACAGGCAAAGUCGGAUAAAACAAAAGCAGAACUAGCGUUCCAGAAGAUGCAAGAAAAAAUGCAAAAACAAAGGAUUCUCCAAAAAGCUGAAAUGACUCACAAACAGCGAGUAGAGAAGUUUAACCAACACCUUGACAGCUUGACAGAACACUUCGAUAUCCCAAAAGUAUCAUGGACAAAAUAAAAGCCAUAUUAUUUUAUUACAUUCUUUAUUAAUAUAAGUUAUAAUCUACUUGCAUACUAUUAAGUUAAAAGGUAUAAAGAAAUUACAAAUUAAAA